GUCCCGCGACUACACAUGCACCUGCUGCCUUACCCCCAAAUCAAGGUUGAGCCAGAGAAGGCCCCAGUGCGGUCUCUGGGGUGGUGUGGGACCUGGUGACCUGGGACUCUGGCCAGAAAUCCUGAGCAGAGUCUGCUGGGUGUGUCCCACCCACCUGAUGUGGGGCAAGAAACAGAUGACAGAGGUGGCCCCGGGCCUUCCAGCCCCUGGGAAGAGCCAGGCUGAGCCUUAUAAAGGGACUGCUGUUCGUCCAAACGCACACAUCUCACGCAUCCUUCCCCUGCUGACACGUCCCAGCUCUGCCUUUUGAAAGCAAAGAUGAGCAGCACUCAAGCUGAGAAGUCCAUAGUGGGCAUGAUCAACAUGUUUCACAAAUACACCGGACGUGACGACAAGAUUGACAAGCCCAGCCUGCUGACGAUGAUGAAGGAGAACUUCCCCAACUUCCUCAGUGCCUGUGACAAAAAGGGCACAAAUUACCUGGCCAAUGCCUUUGAGAAAAAGGACAAGAAUGGGGAUAAGAAGAUUGAUUUUUCUGAGUAUCUGUCCCUUCUGGGAGACAUAGCCAUUGACUACCACAAGCAGAGCCACGGAGCGGAGCCCUGUUCCGGGAGAAGCCACUGAUCCAGCCCCACCCAGGGCCACCAGAGACCCCAGAACAAUAAAGUGUGUCCCGCCAUGAGA